AUGGCGGCGCCGCCGGAGUCCCCCCUUAGAGAGGACAUCACAGUGGUUACAGCAAGAGUGCGAACAACUAAAGCAACAGUCUGCACUAUGACACACCAACUGGAAAACCGCAAGGAGCUGAUCCACCAACUACAGGCAGCACAUAAGGCGGUUAAGGUCAGAUGA